AUGAAACAGUCGAAGCCCGAUGUGCUAAUUCACAGCAUGGAAAUGCUCAUUAGCGGGAAAGCUCGACGGAUUGCCCCAAAACCGAACUGUAAGGUGUCUCCAGUAAUUGAACGUUUUGAUAAAUGGGCUGGCAAACCACGAAAACUGUAUUUCCGCGAUGCAAGCAAAGUACCGCGAACCAGCAUAUGCUUGCAGAACAAUAUGUUUGCUUCGAUCUUGGCUUCGCCAAUGCGGCUGGAUAGGAUCACCAGACUGCACAGUCCGAAAGAUCUGUUGACUCAAGUCAAAUUGGUGGAUGAGGCCAAUAAAGACAAGCAAAAACCAUUUGUGCUAGACAUAGCUGUGCCAGCAAGGAAAAAAGGGCCAACUUCGUAUAUAAACAAUAGAAACGCUCUGCUUGUGAAGAAUCAAGCUAGCACCUCCAAAUGGGUUCCCACAUCGUCUUUAAACACAGCUAUCCGAAAUAUUAACUUCAAGGACAUCGGACAGCCAAAAGAGUUUCCAACAGCUCAGAUAGUUAGGUCCAAGUUACUCAAGCAGGUCCGAGAGGGCCUAUCGCAGCUGUUAGAUACAAACGAUGAUGGCAGCUGUAGCCCUACAAACUGCAACAUAAAGGUCAUAAGCGAUUUCUCGGUUCACGCGAGAAUACAAAUUGCAGCAGACGGGUGUACGAUCAUUAACCUGGCUAGUAUCGACGACAAGUUUUUACAAGAUUUACUACGGGAAAAACCGGAUGAUUUCAUCGCAAUCAAGUACUCCACACAAAAACAACUGUGCAUUGCCUUAUAUAACCUGUUGAUUCAUACUGAGUAA